CAAUUGAUGGACAGGUGGAUGUCAAUCGGGGGGUUUAGUACGCCCAACAGAUGUAUGAGAAACGCAACAUGACAUCAGCCGUUGUGUUCGAUUGUUGCUAUAUCAGAGGACAGGAAGAUGCAUUCUGAGCAUUUCCAGUCACCGUCUUCAAUCCAUAACAGACUUCACCUUGCUACAUUCAUCAAAUCUCUCCCAGGGAAACACGACAAAAGAUGGCAUCCAUCACGGCUCAUGAAAUUCCCCUCACUCACCCGCCGUCCACACCAGGAGGCUCGGAAGACCAAGUCACUCUCAUGGGCGAAGAGGAGGGCGGCGUGGACAGGGUCACGAUCGUCCAAAAGGGCAAUGUCCGCGGCGUCAUACAAGAUGAUCGGGACAUCGACUUUCUGUUCGCGAUGCUCGCCCAGCUAGACAUCUUCCCUGGCCACGAGAAUGAAGACAUUUACGGCAAGGAUGCGAAGUUGGAGAUUACUUCUCCGACGUUUCAGUGGUUGAAUGCCACGGCGGCGAGCGAAGGGGCCUGCGAGCGAGGAGCAGAAGGAGGAGUUUGCGGAGAUUGUGAAGAGUAUUGAAUCUCUGGCGGACAGCGGCGCCGAUUGGGAUGUCGACCAGGGCAUGCUCUCCACAUCUUCCUAGCGGUUCAUCAUCAGGGGACGUUCCAGAGCUCCCGAAACGGAACGCGGAAGUGCAGAGCUGCAGGGAGCAACGCAACAGUGAC